UGAAACUUCGCCGGCUGAGCGCCUUCCAAGGGAGGAAUCCCCGCCUGGCGACCUGCUUCUUCUCUCUCCUCCCCGCGCCUCCCAGCUGCUCGCCUCCGCCGCCUCCUCCCGUCCAGCCUGUCAAGCCGUUUCCCGCCCGCAUUACUCCUAGCCCACCCGAGUCAAAGGGCGCAUGCGCCGCUGGGCUCCGCACAGCGGAGGAAUCCCGUUGACCUCCGACGCUGCCGGCGUCAUAAAAGAACUCCGUGCGGGUGAUGCGGCCGAGGCAGCCGCUUGCCUGAAGGGGCGGGAGUCGGGGCGCGCACGCGCGCGGGGGGCGGGGGAAGGCCGAGGCCGCCGCCGCCUUCGCAGGGGAGCGGGCGAACAGCGCCGCCAGAGGAGCGCCGAGGCCGGCAGGGCUGCGAGGAAGGAGGACGGGACAGAGCGGCCGGCCUUCGACGCGGCCCCUCGCGCGCCCCCGCCUGGCCCGCUUCUGCCGAACCGCCCUCCGCGCUCCCUCCGCGGCCGGAAAGUAGUCCCCCUCCUUCCUCCCUCCCUCCUCCCUCCUCGCGCGCCGCCCUCAACAGGCUCCGCCGCCGCGAUGGCGCUGAAGAGAAUCCACAAGGAAUUGAAUGAUCUGGCACGUGAUCCUCCAGCACAGUGUUCAGCAGGGCCUGUUGGAGAUGAUAUGUUCCAUUGGCAAGCGACAAUAAUGGGACCAAAUGACAGUCCUUAUCAGGGUGGGGUGUUCUUCUUGACGAUUCACUUCCCAACAGACUAUCCCUUCAAACCACCUAAGGUUGCAUUUACGACAAGAAUUUACCAUCCAAAUAUCAACAGUAAUGGCAGUAUUUGUCUUGAUAUUCUACGGUCACAGUGGUCUCCCGCAUUAACUAUUUCAAAAGAUGAUCCCUUAGUGCCUGAGAUUGCACGGAUCUACAAAACAGAUAGAGAAAAGUACAACAGAAUAGCUCGAGAAUGGACUCAGAAGUAUGCGAUGUAAUUAAAGAAAUUAUUGGAUAACCUCUACAAAUAAAGAUAGGGGAACUCUGAAAGAGAAAGUCCUUUUGAUUUCCAUUUGACUGCUUUCUAUGAGCCCACGCCUCAUCUUCCCCUGUGCACAUGUUUACCUGAUACAGCAGUGCUGCGUGUUGUACAUACUUGGAACAAUGAAAUACUGUAUUCCAUACCAACAUUGACUCCUAGCAAAGAAAUGUGUGUGAAAAGCCAGUUCUUCAAAGUCUAGUUGUGAGCAUAAAAGCAUUCCUAAAAUAUUUAAAUUGGGCAUAAACCAAAGGUAGGGGGAGGGGGCAGAGAGUAAAAGGCUUUCAGUGAUUGAAAAGGAGAAUUUUGUUUAAGUGGAAUCCUUUUAAACUCAUAACAGUUAUGAAAAACAUAUGUGAAGAACUUGAAGCUGUUUCUGUAUUUUUAUUCUGAAGGACCUACUUAGGUAAAUGUAUGACCAACAAGAUCAAACUGUACCCACAUCCUGUGUUUAAAGGUCUAAGUUUAACUGGUCAGCAUUUAAAUGCAUUGGAGCUAUUAGUGCAUCAAGUGACGUUGAUUUUGUUUCAGCUCCUCUCCCCCUCCCCCCUUCCCUUCAUAAUUUUGGUUUGUAUGUGUUUUCUCAGUUAACAUAGCUAAUAGCUCUUAUUUUCUUAAGUUUUUAACUGCUUAGGUCUUUCUGGAUGUAAGGGUAAAAAUUCAUUUGACAGACUUGUGUAUAUUUAAAGACCCAAAUGCUCCUUUGGAGCUUGUACGUUCAAGAAUGAUUAAUCUGUGUAAUAAACUGAUUACUACAGUCAUUACAUAUAACUGUGUGAAUAGGCUUAAUUUUUUUAUGGGCUAAGAUUUAAAGUCUAUAGUUCUUGUUUUUUAGGAAGUUGCAUUUGAGAAUAAUCAGUCUUUAAGCUUCAUCGCAGAAUAAACAAGUCAGUGAGACAAACUUCAAGUAGGGUGUGAAAACACCAACAUCCAUGAUAAACUGGAAUCUGGAAAUCUGAAUGCCUGUAUGUCAGAGCUUGACUGUUAAGCCAGAUAAGCAACUUGCUGAUUGAACAACAUUUCAGAAAGUUCUGUUUAACAUGGGACUAAACCUGUGCCUGUGUGCUGUGGCGAAGGGAUUCCUUGUGUAAUUUUUAAGAAUGUAAAACGACAAGGUGGGAUUUUUUUUUACAGAGGCAUCAGCACAGACUAACACAAAAUAUAGCUUUUAAAGACUGUUGCACUAAAUCACUUGGAAAUGUUCACUGUACCUGAAAUAUCUUUGGAUGGCAUUCAUUUGAAAAAUAGUAAAAAUGUAGUUUAAAGUUUA